UACUGUAUAAACAAAGGAGAAAGUCUGGGUACAAGAAUCUCUAUUUUUCUCAUUGCAUCUGUCUUCUUCUUUUGCCGUUCUUGGUCAUGAUUGCGAAGAAUUCCGUUUCAACAGUGGUUUGUCAGGUCGUGAAAUGAUGCUACGAGUAGGAGCAAAAAGCGUGCGGCGAUCUGUUCGGCCAACCGACUAAUCUCGUCCAAAGAAAAACAUGAUGCAUUAACCAUAACGAGGACGUUUUACAUUCUUAUGAUUUCUUAAAUCAAAGAAUAGGAUGUCAGUUCUUUAACACGCCAUAGAAAUAUCAAAGAGGCAAAAUUUUAAUCGAUCAACGUAUGGAUUCAAUAUGCACGCUCAGCAUGGCUCACAUAAGCCAUGCAUAUUUUACUCGGCCCGAAUAGAUUUCAAAAGCGAACAAUUAAAGGGCACAGGUAACUUUUAAAAUCUGAAUACAAUUCGUCAUCGAGUGUGCAGCCGUGAUUUACAGGAAUAAGUACAAUGCCUUCUGUUUACGUAAGGGCAUUUGAAUAAUCCAUUAUUCGAUCGCAUGUGGAAGCUUUUGACUGUCACGAAGCCACACCACUGAGAGAGAAAUGGGAUGUUUUGGGGCUCGCUCUCCAAAUGCCUUUCUCUGCGCACGAACGCAUCAAUGCGAUGCGCUCUUGCUUUGCAUUGUCUCCGUGCGUAGAUUUGGCAGGUAAAAGCGCUCGUCAGCCUGUUAGUAGUUCCUAGUUUUCCUAGUUGGAAAACUUGCCGUGACCGGUCAUUUUGGUCAUUUCAAAGUGAACCGCAACAGAGUACAGACAUGUGGAAUAUGCAGGGGAAGCGAGAUCAAGACAAACGUCGAAAUUCCAUAUGGCAAAUAGUGGCUUUUUUUGAAUGUCGAAAAGAUGACAAAAAAAGCGGACGAAUGAUUCCCGAACCGGACUACAAUGAGGACGACCGACCGAAUUACCGGCGCAACUAUAAAAAUUUCAACAACAACAACAUCAACGACACCAUGAAAGGUGUCGUUAUGGAUAAAGAGGGGCUCGUCGUUCCACGAAAACCUCCCAAUCCGUGCAUCACAUCCAUGGAACGCCGUGAUCUUCAUCGUGAACUCGCGUUCCAUCAGAAAACUGGAAAGGCGGUGCUGAAUCAAAAAAGUGAACUGCAAAAAGCUUUGCAGAAACAGCGAGAAGUCCAGAGCCGAAAAGAGGUUGAAAAGGAACGUCAGUCUACGCGUUCAGCCCUAGAAAUCACCCUGGAAAAACGUGCCCAACGCCUAGAAGAGUUGGAGCGCGGUUUCUCCACCAACGAGUCCAAGCAGCAGCCAAAGUCACCAGAAUCCACCAACGAGUUUCUUCGGAUGCACGCCAAACUACGCGGACGAGUGGAACGUACCGCAGCUAUGCCUUAAGCAAUGCGUGUGAAUCACGAAAAAAGACAAACUGGAUUAUUAUUAUUUUUUGGUUAAACCCGAUAUGUUUACCUGGAUUGGAUAAAUUAUAAGAGAAAAAAAAAAAAACAGUUUCAUUUAAACGAUAAGGCUUAAUCGUGUAAAUCUAAAAGUCAUUCGUGAACAUGUUGCAUUCGUAUUUCAUUAAAAACAACCCCAUUCUUUCAAAUUCUCCAGUUUGUUUCUUUAAAUUUCCACCGUUCGGUGUCAAUCUCGUUCGUGUAAUAUCCACAAGUUCCGUUGCGUGAGUGAUCUUGCAUUUAGUGUGAAGUUGUUCACCCUUUGAAUUCUCUUCUAGCUUUACACCGUUAUCAGCUAGCAAACAGAAUGAUGACUUGACUGUGACUAUAUAUCCUUUCUUGUCGUUCUUUUCGUUACGCUUUUCGUUUCAAUGUCGACGCAGUCUGCUUCACGCAUGACUACGGAAUACCGAUCAUACCUUGUACAUGAUUUUCAUUUCAUUUCAGUUUUUUAUGUAUAAUACACAAUCGCAAUGAAAAA